CAAAGGCAAUGCCGCCCUGCAGCUCAGCUCACCAUGACAGAAGAAUCAUGGUCAGAGGUCAUCCUCACUUCUUCCACUGCUCCUCUAAUCCACCACUGGUGACUCUAUCACCUUCUCACCUAAACACAGUCUCUCGCCAUGGUCUCUGCUACCAAUGGCACUGCUGCCCCGCCUGGUCCCCCACCUGGGCCACCGCCGACCAAGGAGAAUCCAUACCUAGCUCACCUCUCCCCCGCCGAACGAGCCAUCGGUGGCGCCGAUGCUUCCUCUAGCUCUUCCUCGUCAUCUGAUGCUCUUACCGGCUUUCUCCCAAGACGAGUCACCUCGAAGCAAGUACUGGCAGCUCUCGAGGCCCCGAUGAAUCCAUUCACCUCAACCCCAAAGCCCUACUCCCAGAAAUAUAGAGACAUCCUAGCCAAGCGAAAGACAUUACCCGUCUUCGCUCAGGUGGACGACUUUCUGCAGAAGUUCCAAGAAAAUCAGAUAUUGGUGAUGAUUGGAGAGACUGGAUCAGGAAAGACGACUCAAAUCCCGCAAUUCGUGGCUUACUCUGAUCUGCCUCAUAUGAAGCGGGGUCCUGAUGGAGCUCCCAUGCUCAUUGCUUGUACUCAGCCAAGGCGAGUGGCCGCGAUGAGCGUUGCCAAGCGUGUUGCAGAAGAAAUGGACGUGAGCCUCGGACAAGAAGUCGGAUAUACCAUUCGUUUCGAGGACGCUACUUCAAAGCCUCACACUUUCCUCAAGUACAUGACCGAUGGUAUGCUGCUGAGAGAAGCUAUGCAUGACAAGAUGCUGUCCCGCUACUCUACGAUCAUUCUCGACGAGGCUCACGAGCGUACUUUGGCCACCGACAUCCUCAUGGGCUUGCUCAAGCCUUUGUGCGCCAAGCGACCUGACCUCAAGAUCGUAGUCAUGAGUGCUACCCUGGAGGCGGAAAAGUUCCAAAAGUACUUCAACUCGGCCCCUCUGCUCAAAGUACCGGGUCGAACUUUCCCUGUAGAGACCUUCUAUACCCCGGAGCCAGAGCCAGACUACCUAGAAGCAGCCAUCCGAACAGUGUUAAUGAUUCAUCAAGCCGAAGACGAGGGAGAUAUUCUCCUUUUCCUCACCGGAGAGGAAGAGAUUGAAGACGCUUGCAGGAAGAUCAGAGCAGGGGCAGACGAGCUGGCCGCAACGUCGCCAGAGAUUUGCGGUCCUCUCAAAGUCGUGCCGCUGUACUCGUCCCUUCCGCCUCAGCAGCAGCAGAAGAUCUUCGAUGCAGCACCGGCAAGGCUCUCGCCGGAUGGGCCGCCAGGCAGGAAGGUCGUCAUCUCGACAAACAUUGCCGAGACGUCACUGACCAUCGACGGUAUUGUGUACGUCGUCGAUCCCGGUUUCUCAAAGCAAAAGGUGUACAACCCGCGUAUCCGAGUUGAGUCUCUGCUGGUGUCUCCCAUCUCAAAAGCCUCCGCUCAACAAAGAAUGGGUCGUGCUGGUCGUACAAGACCUGGAAAGUGCUUCCGACUCUACACAGAGAAGGACUUUGUCAAUGAGCUCAUCGAGAGCUCCUACCCAGAGAUCCUCAGAAGCAAUUUGGCAAACACUGUGCUGGAACUGAAGAAGCUGGGCGUCGACAAUCUAGUUCGAUUCGACUACAUGGAUGCCCCAGCCCCGGAGACCAUCAUGAGAGCGCUCGAGUUGCUGAACUAUCUGGCCGCCUUUGACGACAACGGCAACCUCACGCCUCUGGGAGAGAUCAUGGCCGAGUUCCCUCUUGACCCCUGUCUUGCCAAGAUGCUCAUCUGCUCGAGUGAUCUCGGCUGUAGCAACGAAAUUCUCAGCAUCACAGCCAUGCUCUCCGUACCGAAUGUCUUCCUACGUCCCAAUGCCCAACGGCAGCAGGCGGACACCGCAAAGGCGGCCUUUGCUCACCCUGAUGGUGAUCACCUUACUUUGCUCAAUGUAUACCACGCGUACAAGACGAACUGCUACGACAAGGACAGUGCUUCAAAUUGGUGUUGGCAGAACUAUCUCUCGCUAAGGGCUCUGCAGCAGGCGGACAAUGUUAGGCAGCAGCUCAGUCGGACAAUGGAGAAAUUUGACCUGGACCUUGUCUCGAAUCAGUUCGAGGGCAACGAGAGGAGAUAUUACGAGAACAUCAGUAGGGCCAUUACUUGCGGAUUUUUCAUGCAAGUGGCUCACAAGAGCGGGGCUGGUAAGAGUGCCAGCUACACGACCAUCAAGGACAAUCAGAUUGUGGCUCCCCACCCUUCGACUACGCUGGACCAUUCGCCCGAAUUCCUGCUGUACAACGAAUUUGUCCUGACCACAAGGAAUUUCAUCCGUACAGUCCUGGAGGUCCGUCCCGAAUGGCUACUAGAGUACGCUCCCUCUUACUACGCGCCCGAAGCCUUCAAGGACGAUGGCGAAGUCAAACGCAUCAUGCAGGGUAUCUCUCGGAAGCUCAAGGGUGGUGCUAGCUCGGGCAAUGGAAGUGGUAGGGAGAGGGAGAAGAAGAAGGCUCGCAAAGGAUAGAGGUAGAUGAUGUGCGGG